UUCAUUUCCGCCUGACCGUAUUUUUUCUUUGUAAAGGGGUACGUAUAUAAAAGCCAAUAAACGUAAUGGUUGAAGUACAUUUCACGAUAUUGUUUGGUUUAAUAAAAACGAGUGAAAAUGAUCAAGGAAUUAUUUCUUCUUGCCGUAUUCUUGGUGGCAUUCACGACAGCUGUACCUUUGGAAAAAAAAGAAACAGCAGAUUCUGCAGGUGUAGAAAGUGGAGAAGAAUUGAACGUAGCAGAAUCCAGAGGGGGUUAUGGAGGCGGCCACCGUGGAGGCGGAUGGGGCCACGGAGGUGGAGGGUGGGGCCAUGGUGGAGGCCAUUGGGGGCAUGGAGGAGGCCAUCAUGGAGGCGGAUGGGGUCACGGAGGAGGACACCACGGCGGCGGCGGUUGGGGACGUUAAUUUUGUGUAGCUUUAUUUAACAUAUUAAAAUUAUAUUUAUUUUAAUUAUUGCGAAAAAUAGAUUACUCGUAUUCAUGUAAAA